AUGGCGAACGAUGCCUCGUCUGUGUCACACCAUGGCAUUGUGUCUAAUGGCCGGAGCAAUAGUCAAGCUGACAACACCAACAUCGACGGCUAUGACUCAAAGGCCAUGGAAAUUGCAGUCACCUCGAAUGAGUCAAUUCCAACUCAUCCUUUGGGAGUGAAACCCCUGGGCAACCAGUAUCUUUCGGACCGCCCGAACGCUAGGAAACACAUCGGAUACCUGAAAAUUUUGCCCGAUGAGGCUUUGAUGCUUCUUCUGGAGUAUCUCGACGAAGAUCGUCUUCGAAAAUUGGGCUACACUGCUAGGUUCCUCUACUCAUUCUGCCGGUCGGAUGACUUGUGGAAGACGCUAUUCCUUGAAUCUCACAACUCGGGCAGGUUCGACGGCGAAUGGCAAGGGUCGUGGAGGGCCACCCAGCUGAAGCUCUCUGCUGAGCAACAGGCCAUCAUUGAUUGCAGCAAUGUCUUCUCUGACGUUCUACACAGGCCGUUCGUCUGCAGUCACGUAGACUUGAAGCAGUUCACUUCAAAAAUACCGAAUCACAACAUGAUUCGACGCAUGGAAACACUAACUUACGAGGACUUCUCUGAAAACUGGACCGACACCCCCUUCGUUCUCACGAACUACAUCCAGAAGUGGCCUGUUUGCCACGAAUGGACUAUCAAUGCCAUAUGGAAACGCUACCAUGAUGUAGAGUUUCGUGCAGAGGCUGUUGACUGGCCCUUUUCGACCUACAACAAGUACAUGAAUAACAACAGCGAUGAGAGCCCUCUCUAUUUAUUUGACAAAAAGUUCGCCGAGAAGAUGGAAAUCACCGUUGGGAAAGAGGAGGGGGCAGCAUAUUGGAAGCCGGAGUGUUUUGGUCCGGAUUUGUUCGAGCUCCUGGGAAGGGAACGGCCCGCCCAUCGUUGGCUGAUUAUCGGACCCGAACGGAGCGGAUCGACCUUCCAUAAAGACCCUAAUGGUACGAGUGCAUGGAACGCCGUGAUUGAGGGUGCGAAAUACUGGAUCAUGUUUCCACCCACCGCUACGGUCCCCGGAGUGAUUGUUUCGCAGGACAGCAGCGAGGUCACCAGCCCCUUGAGCAUCGCAGAAUGGCUUCUCGAGUUCCAUGCAGAAGCACGUCGGGUACCCGAGUGCGUCGAGGGUAUCUGUCAAGAGGGGGAGAUCCUGCAUGUGCCUAGUGGAUGGUGGCAUCUAGUGGUCAAUUUGGAGAGCGGCAUUGCACUGACGCAGAACUUUGUGCCGAAGAACCAGCUCUCCGAGGUCGUAGGUUUCCUGAGGGACAAGCCAGACCAGGUUUCAGGAUUCAAGCAGGAUGUCGCUGAUCCGUACGCAUUAUUCAUUGAGAGAUUACGCCAGGACCAGCCACAUUUGUUGGAAGAAGCGCUUCUGAUUUUGGAGAAGAAGAACAUCCAGAAGAAGAGGAAGUGGGAGGAGGCAGUUGGCGGGAUCCAUGCAGAGACCAACGGAGGGGGCUUCAGCUUCGGAUUCGGGGAUGACCUGGAUGAUGAAGAAAUCCCUUGA